AUGUCCGACGCAGAAGAAAAUGAGCAACCACAACAGACGAUGCAAGUCAUGCAGUCAAUUGCAAUCACACCAAUGCCAGAAUUUCGUCCAUAUGCUAAACUCCGUACAAGCAUUGCGACUAAAUGGAAUAACUGGCAAUCCGAUUUUGACAUGUAUCUAACCGCAAGUGGAAUUACAGACUCAACGAUAAAAUGUGCAUUGCUACUAUAUCAGGCUGGCUCGCGAGUGCGCGAAAUCCUCAAACAAAUUCCAGAUACAGGAGCUGGCGCAGAUUACGAACUCACCAAGGCAAAACUAAAAGCCCAUUUUGACCCGCAGAAAAACAAGCAAUAUGAAGUAUACCGUUUUCGGCAAGCUAAACAAGAAAGCAGCAAGACUUUGGACCAAUUUCAUACGAGAUUGCGCACAAUGGCAGAGACGUGUGAGUUUACAGAUAUCGCGUUUGAAAUCGAAGAACAAAUCCUUAUUGGCGGCAAAUCAUCGAAAAUACGUAAACGAGCUCUACGUGAUCCAACAUUUGAUUUAAAAGCUAUGCUUAUCGAAGGACGUAGAGACGAACAAAGUACCUUUCAGACGAAGGAAAUCGAAUCAAAAGAAACAAAGGACGGAGAAAUGAAUCGAAUAGAACAACAAUGUCGGAACAAUACUAAUAACACUUCCAAAUCCAAAUGUAGAAAUUGCGGUCGUGAUUUUCCCCAUAUAAGCGUGUGUCCAGCGCGCGGCAAAUCGUGUAACAAGUGUGGGAAACUAAACCAUUUCGCAAUGAUGUGUCGAUCAACACAGAAACCCGAACGACCACAGAGAAAGGAACACAAAAGUAAACAGAAAUACGGACAGGAGCAUGUUAAAACGCUAGACACUGAACAACAAUCUAGCUUUGACGAAGAGUACAUAUACGCAAUUAGUGAUUCGAAAGUGGACAACAAAGUUAGUGUCACCAUAGGUGGUAGUAAACUAAAAACAGCUGUAGACACCGGGGCGACGAUAAACGUCAUCGAUUAUAACACAUUCGAGAAGAUGAAAGACAUUAAACUGAAAUGUGAAAGCCUUUGCAUACAAUAG